GCUCCUGUUUUGACCUCUCCAUCAUGGCGUCCCCAACUCCCGCUGUGGUCUCCGCUCAGUGGCUGGCAGAAGCCGUCGAAAACAAACUCGUCGGUCCAAAACUGCGUAUUCUGGACGGGUCCUGGUACCUGGCGAAGACCAAGCGGGUCGCCAGAGAGGAGUUCAGUCAGAAACACAUCCCGGGAGCGUCGUUUUUCGACAUCGACGAAUGCUGCGAUAAGAGCUCCCCGUAUGACCACAUGCUGCCGACGUCCAGCGACUUCUCCCGGUACGUGGGAAAGCUCGGCAUCGGGAACGACACCCACGUCGUGGUCUACGACACCAGCGACUUCGGCUCGUAUAGCGCGCCCCGUCUGUGGUGGAUGUUCCGGGCGUUCGGGCUCGGCUCGGUGUCGGUGCUGGACGGAGGCUUGAAGAACUGGCUGGCUGAGGGUCACCCGGUGACCUCCGACUACAGCAAGCCGGAGCGGAGAGACUUCCAGGCGAGCCUGAAUCAGUCCUGGGUGAAGAGCUUCGAGGAUGUUCUGGAGAACAUCAAGACCAAGCAGGUCCAGGUGGUGGACUCCAGGUCUGCUGGCAGGUUCCGGGGAACUGAGCCAGAACCCAGAGAAGAUGUUCUCCCUGGGCAUUUUCCUGCAACCAUAAACAUGCCCUUCACGUCUUUCCUGGAUUCGUCUGGAAAGCAUCUCGGCACCGAGACCCUGGCCAAACUCUUCAAGGAGGCCGGAGUGGACCUGGAGAAGCCUCUCUGGGCCUCCUGCGGUUCUGGAGUCACAGCUUGUCAUGUUAUUCUGGCAGCUCACCGGCUUGGGUACUCUGGGAUCGGGCUUUAUGAUGGAUCGUGGGGGGAAUUUUUCAAAAGGGCCCCUCCAGAGUACAUCAUUUCAGAGGCGGAGGGAAAGAAGGAGUGAUAGCCAGGCGCAAUUAAAAUUAGGUCAAAAAAGAGCAAUGAUUUUGUUUUAAAAACCGCUUAAAAUCUUAUCCUCAUAUCGUGGGGGUUAUGCUAAGAUGAUUGUGAACACUGUGAAAUCUUUUAAUACCUGAAACAACGAAUAAUGAAAUAGGAUGCUUAACUAGAAAGACGCAGAUUGGAAGAGCCGUAGUGGAAGCGUCUCAACGGAAACGGCAGUUCUGAUCUACUGUGUAGAAUAAUUGCUUCAUGUUACAUAUAAACGUGUAUUAUUACAAAAGAUACAUGUAUAUGAAUAUUAAAAGAAAAAUAUACAGAUUAGCUCAAAAUAAGUAUCCUAGGCUGUCAUAACAUUUCAUGUGCCAUUGCUAAAUAAUGUGAAAAAAGAACUGAUCUGCCUUAAAUCUCUAUACACUUCUUUGUACUACAGUCUCAAUUAUUUUUUGAUACUGCUAUAAAUGUAAGGUUGGGGUGAGAAAUGAUUAUUUGGAAACAAUAUUAAUGGUGCCAGAUGAUGCCGUUUUCUGCUGGGUUAAAAAUAAGCUACCAAAGAAUAAUUAGGGAUCACAUGAUGCCUGUGAAACAAAGCAAAUAAGCUUUAUUGCGACAUGCAAAUCAGAUGAUUGUCAAGGGCUCAGCUGCAGAACUAUUAUACCUCUAAAAUGGAAUGAAUGUUUUAAUUAAUGUUAGGAAUCGAAUUCAUGUGAAGUUUUCUGUUGCAGAACUCUUUUUAUGCUCUUAACGUGAAUUGUAGAUCACAGCAUUAAAACCAUUAUCACUUUU